AUGCGAGUCGCUAGCCACCUACUUCUCUCUCACCGCUGGCUGCCCUACUCCCACCGAUCCCUGUGCAGCAGCCUUCCAGGCCUCUCAACCCCGAACUGGACUGCUCCAGUGGCCAGCGAGAGCGGAGAGCUGCCAGACCCUCCGCUCCUUUGCAAUGCCCCCCUCGUUCAUACAUGCCCCUUCUCCAACAGACUCCCAAGGCCAGCCUUCACUUUCAUCCCAUGUUCUUCUCUUCCCCUCACCCAUGUUUUGGUCUUCCCUUUCUGUUGUUCCCUCCCCUGCUUCAUCCUCUCGUCCUCCCGUCCACCAUCCUCCCAUCAGGGCGACACGUGUGAGUCACUAGCAGCCUACUUCUCUCUCUCCACCGGCUGUCCUUUUCAAGUUCCCACUUGUGCAGCAGCCUUCCAGGCGCUCAACCCCAGGCUGGACUGCUCCAGCAGCAGCGGGGAGCUGCCUGGCAGCCAGGCGGUGUGUGUGGAGCGGCGGGCGGAGAGUGCAGCGGCGCUGCUCAUCCCGGUGUGCUCGCAGUUCUAUCUGGUGCAGGCCGGGGAGACGUGUGACCAGAUCCGCUCCGUGCCCUCCCCGCCGCUCUCCCCUCUCGAGUUCUUCCGCCUCAACCCCGGCAUCAAGUGCAGCCGCCUCGUGCCCAAGACUGAUGUCAGCAGCAUCACAGGCUUCGAGGUUGCUGCUAGUGUUCCUCUCGACCAAGGCGCCCCCCCGGCCGGGCAAGGCAGUGGUGGCAAUGCAGGUGUCGCUGUGCGAGUUCCUGCAGCCCAGUCUGUGCUGCUGCUCCAUGCCACUCAUUGCUGCUCCGUGCUUGCCCCGCUGCCUUGUACUCCUCUGCUGGUGCCCAUUGAGCCCUCCGCUGGAGCUUACUCAUCCAGCAUUGUUGUUGACUGUUGCCACUGUCCCUCUCGUUGUGUUGUCCCACUCUACCGAUUAUUUUCUCGAACGAGGAAGGCAGAAAUGGCCCAUUCAACCUCCCUCGCUUACCAUGCCCUUUCCCGUGUGCUCUCCCUCCGUCCGUUUAUCUGUCUCUUUUCAGGCCUCCCGGAAUCAACUACUCUUACAGGCCAGCAAUUUGGGUUCAGGUUCAGUGAGGCAUCGCUGUCACCAGUGGGAGCGAAUCCUUUUUUCCGCUACGCCAGUGUGGGCGUGCAGACACUACAGCCAGGAGGAGGGGGAGGAAGCGGCGGAGGCGGAGGGGGUAAGGAGGAGGAGGUGUGGGUUGUGAGCCAGGCGUUCUCCUGGGCUGACCAGGGGCUUCCGUGGCCUGUCCAGAACCAGGGCGCCUGCGGCGACUGCUGGGCGUACGCGGUGGUGGGCAGCAUAGAAAUGGCCUACAGCAUUCUCUUCAACCUCUCAGCCGUGCCGCUCCUCUCCGUCUCCCAGCUGCGCAAUGCCCUCGGCGCCUCAUGCUCGCAGGGCAACUCGCCCUCCCAGGCCUUCCAGUACCUCGUCACUCUCAACGACAAGAAAAAACUCGGGCUUACGGAGGAUUUUGCGACCGGGGUCGUGGUGAGAGGGAGAGGGGGCAGGAAGAGCAGCAGCAAGAGCCCGCUCUGUGGCAUGCCCGUCUUUGCUCUUCUCUUGCAAGCGCUUGGGAUCUCGUGUGGCAAAGGCCGGGCCCCCGGAUCAGACAAGCCGUUGGGCGGCCCAUUCAGAGUGGACGGGUUUGAACGCACGGCGUUCCACGGCUGGUUUGGGCUGCUGCUGGCCGUGCAGAGACAGCCCGUGGUGGUGCAUGUGCAGGCCACUGCCCCCUCCUUCCUUAACCACGAUGGGCUAUCCAAGUACGCGGACCCAGAGUGCUUCACGUACAACCUGAACCACGUGGUGCUGCUGGUGGGCUAUCGCCUCACCGGCUCAGACCCCACCUUCCCGCACAUGGCGCCGCCCUUCUGGAUCAUCCGCAACUCAUGGGGCCCGGAGUGGGGCGACGGCGGGCACAUGCGGAUGGACAUCCAGGGGGGCGACGGCGUGUGUGGGAUCAACACGCUGCCUGGGAUCUACCCAGUGGUGCGCGCUGCCAAGGACCCCUGCAACGUCAACGGCACCACCAGUGGGGUGUUUGGGCCGCUCUUCAACCCCUGUGGCAACUUCACGUGCACGCCCACGCCUGAUGGGGCCAGCAACCACUGCGACUGCAAUGACCCGCGAUUCGUGGAGGCACUUCAACCGGACAACUCGCGCACCUGUGCUUACAGUGAGUGCUCUCCCCCUUGCUUCCAAUGA